AUGGACGACGAGCGUCUACCCAAGCGGCUGUUCUACGGCGACGUUGGUACAGGUGGCCGCGGACGGGGCGAAAAAAAGCGCCGCUACAGGGACACCUUGAAACCUCGCGCAAACAUAUGUAAAUCAAUCCGGAGACCUGGGAGGACCUCGCUGAAUAUUGAUGGAUACGGCGCACUGCUGUAAAGAUUUGACUUGCCAUCUCCGAAGCCUACGGAAUAACUGGUGGUAGGGCAAAGAGUCUAACCAAACUCAAGGGCUGCGGGACAUUGACGACAGCACUCGAAUCCUACCAUCAAGUUCAAGCUGUCAGUGGAUGUUUCCAGCACAAAUCGGUCUAUUUGAAGUCCUGCGGACCCAGUGCAAUGCCAAAAUGAGCACCACAGCUUCCGCCAUCUGUAUCACCACAAAAAUGGCGUCUCUACCGACCUACACAGCUACAGUUGCUACCAACAAUUUGAACUCAAUUUCCAACCUGCCAUCACGCAUAGGCCUGAUCGGUCACUUACGAGCCCCUCAGACAUACAUCGGCGGGCCCGUACCUGUAGCGCGGACAUACACUCGUCACACAUCCGUCCUCCGUUUACAGUGCCCCUGGGCACUCAUACAGCGCAUAGGUCUAAAUGAUCUAAAUGUUUGUCCAUCACAGCAAGCACGCGACCUACUUCGUCGUCGUCGACGUGACGGGCGCAACAAGGCGCGUUAGAACGUGCAUAACUCACAUAAAAGGGGAGCCUAUUCUUUGAUGCAUCCAAGUUGGGUGGGCACACGUAGCCGGGCAUCUUAGCUCUGUUAAGCACUGCGUUGGAGUUCGCAUUCAGUCGCCCUGACACUGCAUUGCUAUCAGUGCCUGAUUCGUGGGCGAAGAGGGAGUGUGGUAGGUGCUGCGCAAGUCUAAUGACACUGUACAUUUAUUCACGCUCAAGGCACAGGUGCCGUUCUCACUCCGUGGGACAAGCGGUAGAAGCCACAGCUUUUCACGGUCAAACUCGCAUUGCUUAAAGAAGAAAUUGAGAAUAGACCGCUAAAUGUUUGUCUGAUGUCGUAAUGCCAUUUGGAGGGUUCCACGGCGAAGUUUGGCUCUGCAGUCCCACUUGAUUGAUCCCAUAUGGCAAGCUUGAUAAACCAAUUUUAGUUAACAUACUUAACUUAGUCACUCGCUGGACUAAGAAGGGAAAAAGAGCUCAAGUAGAGCGCAAAGCAUGCGCAGGGAAGCGAGUGAAGGUGGAAUGUACAUAUUCUCCCCCCGACACAGCGACUGGCUGGAUUAAGAAGAUAUGGGGGCGCAAUCGCAACUGGUAGGCCACGGAGGGAACCGCGUGGUAAUUCGCAGUGCAUGGCCCCUGUAGUGGAACCGACGUCGUUCCACGCCGUCCGAAUUCUUCCAUUAGCAGGUCUACUUGGCCACUCGCUGGAUUAAGAUGGUAAAGAGAGCACAAGCAGGGCUCGAAGCACGCGCAGGGAAGCGCGUGUGAACUGAUACCUGAAGUUGCCGACGCUGGCGUAUAAGCUCUCCUCCCCUCGUGGCACAGUAGCACCCUGGAUUAAAAUGGUAAGGAAGAUGCAGAUACGUAAUACGUGUAUAGUCACCGAGCUCGUAUCCACCAAUUUUUUUUAGAAAGCUAAGCGAGCAGUAUCACUCAGGCGGGGCUACAGGAUAAAACCUCGCCCUAUUCCCUUGUCCUAGCUCUUAACCCUAAUUCGAAAAUUAACUCUCUUAAGCCCAGCACUGGCCCUACUCUAGCCCGCCCCUCUCCCGAAUUUAGCAAAAAGGCACCUGUCGUUCUGUAGGUAUUUUCCGCCGUGUCCUACUAGCAGAGGAGGAGAGGUGGGACUGCGACUGAUGUUCCCUAGGACGGGGGCGAUAAAAUGACGUGGAUAGCCUGCUGCCGCGACGUCUCAAGGUGUUAGGUUUGAAAGCCAGAAGUAAACCUCACACGACCAUUUUUGUCUCCAAAACCGUCCAAUCAGCCGCAGCAGCCCACAGCAUAAGGUGGACGGAGUUGAGGGUCUUCGAGCGCCGAGCUCGACGUUAUUUAAUGACUGCCUGUUCCUCCAUUAUUGUUUAAUGUUUCCAUAGGUUUCGUGUUCUUUUCCAGAAAUGAUGCAAACAACCUCGUUUGUGUUAUUUACUUUGAACUGCAGUCGCCUGUUCAAAGAAAAGUUCAAGGAAGAGAAUUUAGUUUUCACAUUGCUUUCUAGCUUUUUAUUGGAAUUUGAAACACUUUCAGUGUUUGUAGGCUGUUGAGAGUCUCGGCAUUAUUUAUGGGAGAAAACAUUUCACUGUUUUCAGAAAAACUGAAGCGAAUGAAAAAAGGUCAGCGCUCCUAAGUUAGAAAAUUUUAGAUAACAGACUAUUGCGUAAAUUAAAACGUUUACCCCCCAAGAAGACUUUAUCCCCUUCAUUUCUUAUACUCAUUUCAGUAAACAUAACUGGACUCAACCAGGAAUGGGAAAUCAGGGAAAUCUAGACAUUGCUUUUAGUGCUGCCCUUUUGGAAUAGGAUUAGAGUGGGCAAUGAAUAAAUCUCGAGUGAAACUGGCAUUUUGGCGCUCCAAUGGCAGGAGAAAAUAUUCUUACUUUGAAAAAGUCGGUCGGUAGAACGGUUUUUUAAAUGUCACUAACUGCAGUCGACAGAAUUAGUGUAUGUGCGUGUGUUUCCUGUGUAGAGUGCGCCAAUCUACAAGAGGCCUCUUUCGUACAACAUUCCUGAUAACCUGAAGCUUGAGUUUUUUAAUUAACGUAAACUGCGUCAGGCAGAAUGUGAGUAACCAGACUAUUUUCGAAAAUCCUUAUGUAUUUUUGAGCUUAAAGAUUGUUUCAUGCAAAUCUAUGUCUUCCUAAACUUUUAAGCACGGACGUCUCAGUGCAGGUGUUUUUUGUUUUACUGAACCUCCAGCUCUUGUGCGUACACUGAUUUUCCAUAAUUAAUCGUGAAAUCAUUAAUUACGUCGCAACCAAUUUAGCUUUCACAUGCAAGUUUAAGUGUCUCUUAUGAUGUUUACGUUCGCAGACUGCAACACCUUGAAACGGAAAGGACAUUCAUCAUUUAAGACUCAAUUUACUGUUUUUUUAAUAACUCAUUACUGUAUUUGCGACUGCUCAAUGAGGCCUGCGCCAAACAAAACGGGAUGAAAACGGCUGCAGAACAAACAUGAAAGUGAUGUUUUGCGUUUGCGGUGUAAGAUCGUUUGUGUCAGGCAGGUUAGUGUAUACACGGAGGAUUUUAUCCAACAUUUGAUUUUCUUCUGACCAUAAUACUGAAAAGGCGAAAAGUAAGGAAACUCAACUCACAAAUGUCGCAGCAAUACGCCUUGUAGGCGAAGUCCUGCGUGGAAACAUUUCCAUAUUUAAUCCAAAGCAUAUCGUCGUAAACCUUCGUUGUGGUUACAUGCUCUUGUCAAUUCGCAAACACGAUUAAAAUCGUCGUCCGCAUGACAACAACCGUCUAAAAAUUGUUUUACUUUGGAAGUUUUAAUGACAUCAACCUACAGAGACCAUCACAGAUCCAUAAAUUAUUCCCGGAAAGGUCAAGAUUUACUUGAAUCCCUAAGGUCUUAACCGUCACCAGAAAGAACACAGUAAUUUUGUGGAGGAAAAAUCCCCUCAUAAACAGAAACUAAUUGCUUAUGGCCGCUAUGGUAGACUAUACUGUGAUACUUUGCUCUGUGACUAACCUCUCGACGCGUGACCUUAUAAAAUGUUUACUGCUGCAACCUCUCUACCCGAGAAAUCAAACAGAGUAAUCGUUUUGCUCUGGCCAGCUGCACAUCCAGCAGUGGAAAAGUGAGGCACUUUGUCUUCAAUCCUUAAACAUUAAGCAGUCGAUUAACCGUCUCGUUGGGUUUUGCGCGCAUGUUUGAAGGAGACUUUGCUAGAGACUAACCAAAAAUUCCGUUAAACGCCACAGACAAUACAUUCUUCUGGCCAACCAGUUGUUUACGCAGGCAGGAUUACGUAUUUUUGCAAAUUAUACUCGGUCAGUUAAGAUGAAUCUUUGCGUUUUCGGUAUUUCCGCCUUCACCACAAAAAACGUCACUUCUGACUAGCAUACUACCACUGUUGAUGCCUUUUAGCUGGAUAUGAUUCAUUACUGUCUGACUGUUUUGCUCGACGAAUGCCCAACAAGGCUUCAGUUUGGGUGUGGUAAAGGAUUUGCAGUAGACCACAAAAGCACAUUUGUCAAUUUACUUUGACUUCAUAAGUGGUUAGUUCAUUUUCACAGAUUUAACGCUGUUUAUAUUAGAGAAUAGCCUGAAGUAUAAUCUGGUUUAAUUCGUUUUGCACAGCACAGGAAAUUAUAUGGCGAAUCCUUGAAAUUCACUUUUUCUCUGGAAAUUGCGGCGAUUGAAACAAUAAUUUUUUUCAUUGUCCGCUUCCCUUCUAACCGGAUGUUAAUUAAGUCCCACAGCCCUGUUGCAAGUACAAAAGCCCGUUUCUGGAGCCUUCGCAAGCCCCUCCCUCGAAGCACACACACACAUUGCGUGCAGAACGGAAGGCUGUGGCAUGCACAGAUCUGUCCCAAUUUCGUGACUGGAUACAGACGGCUCUGUGUUGUGAUGGAAUCGAAGAUCUAAAGGCUGUGUAGGCGGCCACACAGCCACUUGCAAUCAGUGAUGGAGAGGCAUAGUUGACAGAAAUAGCGGGCUAUUUAAAUAACCAUUUCUGACUCACUGACCGUCAUGAGCCAGGGACAUUCCAACUGCGAGUUGCACACCCGAGGUUGAAAACCACUCCGUCGAGUAACGCUGACCUGCAUAUAAGCCGACUGAGAUUAAAAAAUUGCCGCUUACAUUGAGAUCGUAGUACAGGCAUCGAGUUAGAAAGCGCUAUCGACAGAUGACAGUUCGAGCGUUGAUUCUGACGGUACCCACGGUGUACCGUACAGCACGAUGGAUGCAGUGACGGUGACUUACAGCCGUAUUAGUUUAUAGUAGUGGCGCACUUGCGCGGCAUCUGCCGCACUCUCUGCUCCCUCACCGAGUCGGGUCCGACGUCAAGACGUAGUCAGGAAGAUCGGAGUGGGAAUCCGGCACAAGUGACUGGCACAGCGUGGGCCUGUCUCUAGGGUUUCCACUACGCCCUUCCACCCAUGCAUAGCAUUUGUUAUGGAUACGCACCCCCUAAUAAAGCCUGCCGUGCGCUAAUCUGACCCCUGUACUGGUUCAGAACAUCUACCGUGUAAUCCGUCGUAGAGGCAUAACCAACAAAUGCGGACAGCCGAAUCAUUGUUUUUGACUCACUAACUUCGAUACGAUACAUCUAACACCAGCGACAUAGGAUCCCAAUUUGCUUUAUUUGUGUGCAGUAUUGUCCACUUAGGCCGAAGAACGGUUAGAUCGCAGUUGGUAGCCAGGAAUGGGGAAGCGGGUGGCGACCCUAACCCUAAUCCUAAACUUAACCCUAACCUCAACCUUAAACGUUAACCGUUAACCCUAACGGCAACUCUAAACCCUAAACCUAAUCGAAAUCGUAAAAGUAACCGUAGCCCUUAGACAUAGCCGUAAAUGAAAAACCUAACAGUAAUACUAAAACCUAAUCAUACGCUCAAACCCUAACCGGUACCCAAAUACCUAAGCCUAAAGACUUAACCCUAACCCGAAAAUCCGAAAUCACUAGCCGGUACCCUAAUCCUAACCUCAAACGUACAACGAAAGCCAAAUGGGUCAGAUGUGAUUAUGGAGCCCCACAAAAAUAGUCUUAGUAAACAAACCCCCAGCCACUUGUAAUACGGGUCCUGGCUACCAACUGCGAUCUAUCCCGAAAAACAACUACAGCCUUCAUGGAAGGGCCCAAAUUGCACUUAUGUCAACGUUCAAUGAAACCUUUGAAGUUAGUAAUGAGCAAUACAGCAAAGACGGGUUUGGGCUUACUGUUCAAAAGGAAAUCCUAAUUUACAGAUCAAAUAACGAAUCCCUUUAACGCUUGGUCAACCUUUGAGGUUUGUGCUAAUGGCAUGCAGAAUAGGUAACGGAAUAGCAGAUUACGUUCACAAUUAUGUCCUCAAGUUGAGAAUUAAAAGUGCGAAAUUAUUAGCGGUUGUGCUAAGAAAAUCAGAACACAACAAAUAGUUAGUUAGUCCGUUCUUCAAGGUCGAAUUUCGGAGCGAAUUUCUCUAGGUGUUCAAGACAACUUACAGAGUAAAAAACAAUUCCAUUAAUGUGGUAUCUGUUUUACGUCUCUUUUGGAUAUUUAGAAAUACUUUACACAUUUUUAUAAGUAGGUCGACAAAUGGUUUGCCACAUAUGGUUUUUGUGAAGCAAACAUAAUAUAAUCGAAUUUUUUAGUUUAAAAAACGAAAUACCCUAUGUAAUGAAAUUCCCAGGUUAAGAAUGUUUGCAUAUUUGUAGGCAUAUGCUACUCGUUACAAGCUGAUUACUCUCCCCCGCAAAGCAUACAGUAGAUGUGCUAACGCAUGAAAUGUCAACCAAAAUUUCGAAAUGCGUUCUCAUUUCGAAAGGAUAAAUUAAGUAGUGUUGUAAAACUAAUCAUGAUGCAGCAUAAAUCUAUAAUGAUCUAGUUACCUCAGGGUGUCGGCUUUCGAAAGAACUUAUUUUCGGCUGCAUGCUCUGCAAAAAUGACUGCUUAAGUAGCAUGCAAUUUUCUCAUUGAUUUUUGAUGCCCUUGAAAAUUCAAUUAUAUUUCAUGGAAAACAUGCAUAAAAAUAUUCAUUCUUUUAUUAAUUCGGUAGACAAUCACGUCUUCUUCCACUUUUAUACUCAAAAAAGAGUAUAAUUCGGUUUUAAAAAAAUUUCUAAUCGUGAGAUUUUUUAAUACCGUUAAAUGGCCGUUCAUGAAACGUCGUGUAUCUGCAUUUACGAAUGUGACUUGUAAAGUUGGCAUUUUGCUCAAAUCCACUGCCUAAUUUUAUGAACCUCAUAUGGUCUCCUCUUUACACCGUAGAGAAAUGCAUGGUUAUCCCUACACGGAAAAUAUACAGCUUGUAGUUUUGAAACCCUGAAUGCAAGUGUAACAGCAGGUCGGGUUCAAAACUAUUUGGGAAUUAGAAAAGUUUUUUUUAAAACCGAAUUAUACUCUUUUUUUUGAGUAUAAAAGUGGAAGAAGACGUGAUUGUCUACCGAAUUAAUAAAAGAAUGAAUAUUUUUAUGCAUGUUUUCCAUGAAAUAUAAUUGAAUUUUCAAGGGCACGAAAACCAAUGAGAAAAUUGCAUGCUACUUAAGUAGUCGUUUUUUCAGAAUAUUGAUCUUGCAUGCAGUCGCAAAUAAGUUCUUUCAAAAGCCGACACCCUGAGGUAACUGGAUCAUUAUAGAUUAAUGAUUAGUUUUACAACACUACUCAAUUUAUCUUUUCGAAACGAGAACUCAUUUCGAAACCUUGGUUGACAUUUCAUGGGUUAGCACAUCUGCUGUAACAGUUGUUGGGUCUACGUUAAGGUAUUUUAUAAAAUUCGAGGACCCUUUGUAGCAGUGCAAAAAUCCUUACAGAGGUAACAUUAGAUCAAAUAGGCAAAGAAACAAAUGACUUAAUAAGUACAUGUAAAAGACAAGUAAAAUGUCCAAAAAUUCCGAGGCUAAAGUAGAGGCUAAAUGCGGUAACCAAAGUCCAUAACACGUUUAAAGACAACUUGUAAGCCGGGCAUUUUAUGUGACAACUCAAUGCGAUGCCAAGAGAUCUUCUCAUGCAGGACAGACUUCCGAGUUAUUUUAUUAACGAAAAACAGUAUAUUUGGGGUGUAAAUCUACAGAUUUUCAGUCUUCAACGACUCUCAGUGGAAAUGCUCAUUUUCAGCCAAGAUUGCACUAUUGAGCAUCCGUCUUUAUCAGCAGACAGUAUUCUACGGGAGAAAAGUUCGCAAGAAUAACCAUCAGCGAUUAAAAAGAUCAGUUUCUCCACGAAAAUCAGGCAAAAAAGCAGUAAAAACCACUUCGUUUACAUGAAGCCAACAGAAAUUUCAACAUAAAGGGGUUCGAUUUUAUAUUUUUGCAAUGCGGAGCUUUUGCCGGGUAUGGUAGUUCUGUUAGCCGAACUCUGAUUUUGGAACACUAAUUAUUUUUAUCUACAAACUAAUGUUUAGAAAAAGAUCAUGAAAAUGUCUCGAAUAUUUGAAAGAAGUAUCCAAUGCAUGAUUCAAGAUCUGUUUUAAGUGGCUUAGUUCCAGGUUACCAAUGGUGCAGAAACGAGGCUAUUCCCAUGUUAGUCGUUUACGAAGGACUUUACCAUUCAUAGGGUCGUUCUGUUGCAUGUUUAUGAUGAUGAAAAAGAAUACAGAAUUAAGACAACGCAUGGAAGAGACGGUUCCUUAAUACAGAGUCGACGCUUCUCUCUGGCGUGCAUGAAAAGAAUUAUUUUCACCCACGGGACGCAUACGUAGGAAGCUAUUGUCUAUUUUUUUUCUGGGUUCAGCUCCAGCGAAGGUGUGAACAACGUCGAUUUUCGUCUGUAAAAGAAAACAGCGUGUGCAUCAGCGUCAUGUUUGCGCUAAUGUUUCGUUGUGGAGACCUAUUUUUGUCAUAGAGUUUUGUUUUUAGUUUGCCUUGUAAUUAAGACUCAAAGCGUGGAAUACGAGAAGUACUUUUUCUAGAGAAACAAUCUGCACUGGUAAAUGAUUUUGCGAUCCGUCCUAGCAUACCAGCUUCGGCAACCACAGCAUACAGAUGGUGUCUUUUCGUGUGAUUGACUGGAGGUUGUAUUCAUCUAGGUUUGUUUUCGGUUUCUUCUCCACAAGGGUCAUUUUUAAAAAUCCAAAACUGCAUUUGCCUACGUCGAGUGUUUUUCCUUUCUUAAUAGCAGUCCUAUUUCAGUGGUUUGUUUUUCUAUUAAUAGGAUCCAGAUUCAGAUUUAUUUGUGGAUUUUAGCGACUUUCUUUAUGCCGCACCUGCUGGAGCACCACGUGUGCUGAACGUACUUAAAGUUUUUUUUAAAAAUGACAAUUAAGGAGAUAUUUCGCAUUUUAUCCAGGAAACCUAAUUGGUGUGCAUCAAGUAAGCACACAGUCCUUUCAAUUAAACCAGCGGGAAAAUCGAUAGAAUGGCAAUUUUCUGAGGUGUAUAAAUUUAAUCCAGAUUAUUUUUUGUUGUUUUCAACAUUGCAAUGUGAGUAAUCUUUUCCAGAUGGCAAGAAAUUUAGCCAUUAUCCUGCCGAGAGUCUGCAAGUUGCGACACCUUUUUAUAAUCAAACGAAGAAAAUUAUAAAUCGGCGAGCGAACUAAGGCAACUGAUUUAAAAGUUCUGUUUAAUCAGUCUGACACACGACCUGAAUUAUGCGGAGGUUAGGCCGUAAUGUGUGGGGAUAUAGGACAACUCCGGUGACUCUUCGCUGCCAAUCCCACCGAUGUCACCUUCUUAUACAAACAUCAAAGUUUUCUGUUUUGCUCUUCUCCGCCUGGAAAAUUAACGCAUGGGAUUGCUGGUGUCCUUAUACUGAUGUCAGUCCCAUCAAGCCUAUUGAAUAUCCAGCAUCGACUGUUUACAUUUGACCAGAUGUCCUCAUAGUUGGCAGCGUGCCUCUGCUUGGCAUACGUUGCGAUGCAACUUGUCCAUCGUGGCAGACUAUUUGGUUAUUACAUGAAAGGAGUCGUUUUGCCAUACUUACGCAAGAUAACGUGACUCAGGGCUAUCAGAAAGCGGCUAACAGAGCCUCAGCGCUGAGGAGAAUUUCGGCAUCCAAAAAGUAGGCGUUCGAACGCUUCUCUGGCACUCUGAUGUCCCUAUCUCCCCUAGCCUGCUUUAGGAAACAUUUAUCUUUUAUAAUUACAGACUACGCGAAGCGUUGGUCAUGCCAGUUCACAGCAAUCCCAAGAGAUGACCAGUCCAGAGGAGAGGAGGUACACCCUACAGGUUUGGAAGAAGAGAAUGUCGGUUAAUCCCUUAGGCCGGUAGACAUGACUGCCAUAACUCGGCGACGUGGCGGUGGCGGUGGCUGCAGUGAUUAUGUCGUCUGAUUCUCAACUAGGCUGCUUUGCUAUUGCGUUUGACUGGAUUUUCAUGGUCACACUGACACAUGACAAGCUCAAAUCGGACCGUACUCGUUUCCAUUAAUUCCACACGACGUACUCAAGUGCGACAUGUCUUAAACGGAGACCCACGUUGCGUCAUCAGCUGGGCUCAAUCUCGUCUCCAGUUGAAUUGCCCCUAAGGGGGAGGAGAGAGAGAGAGAGAGAGAGUGAAGUCGAGCUGGUUGAUACCUGGCGCACCGGAGACGAGCAAACGGAUUUUUGAACAGUGGUAACAUGCUAACAGCCAUGAGUUGGAAGUUUACCAGCCAAGAUCGCCAUCGAGGUCUGUUUUAUGUAGAUCUAGGAGCCAGGCCAUGUGAGAUGCGUAGACGGGCUGAGAAGACCUCUUGAUCAACUGGUUCACACCCGUCUCCGGUGGUCCUAACUCUGUCUCAACAUCGCAAUCUAGUGGAUGUGGGAUGGUGGGAGUGUAAUACACCGAAAUUCUGAUUCUGACCCGUUUCUGCCACUGUCUCUGAUAAUGGGCUCAUGUGCGAAUCCGAAACGUUGGACGAAUAAAGUCCUUGCUCCAGCGACCGCUUCUACGUCUUAUCAACCAGUUUUUGGAACUCAUAUCUCCGGUUAUAAACAUACAGUUUGUUAGUCCAUGAUGGCCUUAUCAACCGCGACAGUGGAAGCAUCCGUGGUUGUGCAGUAACCGAAAGAGUCCAACUGCUACCAGGGAUAGUAACAUGUUCGAAAGCAGGAAUGAUGUUGAAACUACUAAGAUCAAUGUCAGAAUCUAUGGAAGGGUUAACCGAAGUGACUGGUUGUAUACUGUGAAUUUUCAUCACAUCAACCUUGCAGUUUACGCAAAAAUCAGUUGUAUCUUUUUUAAUCUCAUGUUUUUCUUGUUAAGACAAAGUUCACGUUCGAUGACCUCCUCAGGUGAGGGGUUCUUUGGAGAAACUAUUUCACAACCUCCAACUUUUUCAGGUCGUGAUGAAAUACAGCCGUAUUAAAUUGAUGUCCUCAAUUGUCUGCGUUCACCGCUCCUGGAAAAAAUACCAAAUUGUGUAACGAAUGAGAGUUGGCGGUAAAUCUGGUACAAAUUUCAGUGAAUUCGUAAUUUUUUGUGGUUGGUUUAAAGAGCUCGCUUUUCGACCUAUUUAAAGGCAAACAACAUCUAUAACAGUUUUAGUAAUUUAAACUCAAUUUAGCACACUUAUACACAUUACUUUUAAACACCGGAAAAAGAAUAUGGACAGGAGUAUGAGGUAGAGGAGGAGGAGGAGGAGGAGGAGGAGGAGGAGGUGGAAAAAGGCAGCGAUAGGUUUUAUUGUCAGAUGAUGAUGAUGGUGGUGGUGGCGAUGAUGAUGAUGAUGAUGAUGAUGAUGAUGAUGAUGAUGAUGAUGAUGAUGAUGAUGAUGAUGAUGAUGAUGAUGAUGAUGAUGAUGAUGAUGAUGAUGAUGAUGAUGAUGAUGAUGAUGAUGAUGAUGAUGAUGAUGAUGAUGAUGAUGAUGAUGGGUUAGGAGUGGCGUCGACGACGUAA